GAGAGAUCGCAGCUAAAGAUCUCCUCCUCUCACACCUCUGUAUCUUUCUCUCUCUGCUGGACACUUUCUUUUCUCUCUCUACCCUCUCUCCACCCAAAAAAUCUCACCAUCUUCUUUGCAAAAUCUCUCAUUUACACUCACCGGAAACAUAGAUCACAGGCACUAAUUUUCACCAAACCGUUUCCCUCAACACUCCAAAUCUAUCAGUUAAAUGGCUACCUCGUCUGAAAGGUGGAUAGAUCGUCUUCAGUUCUCCUCGCUAUUUUGGCUUCCCCCACAAGAUUUACAUCAACGGAAGGCUCAAACUACUGCAUAUGUUGAAUAUUUUGGUCAGUUUACAUCAGAGCAGUUUCCUGAAGAUAUAGCCGAGCUGAUCCGGAACCACUAUCCAUCUAAGGAAAACCGACUUUUUGAUGAUGUUUUAGCAAGAUUUGUUCUUCAUCAUCCAGAGCAUGGGCAUGCUGUCAUUCAUCCCAUUAUUUCAUGUAUCAUUGAUGGUACAUUGGAAUACGAUAAAAGUAGUCCACCUUUCACUUCUUUCAUUUCUUUGGUCUGCCCUAGCAAUGAGAAUGAGUAUUCUGAACAAUGGGCUCUUGCAUGUGGAGAGAUUUUACGUAUUCUUACCCAUUACAACCGCCCAGUUUAUAAAGUUGAAAGACAAGACUGUGAAGCCGAUAGAAGCAGCAGCAGCUCUCAUGCUUCAACAAGUAAACCAAUAGAUGGAGAACCAAGUGUUCCUUCUAUACAACAUGAGAGGAAACCAUUCAGACCAUUGUCUCCGUGGAUCACUGACAUAUUGCUUGCGGCACCCCUAGGGGUUAGAAGUGACUACUUCCGUUGGUGUGGUGGUGUUAUGGGAAAGUAUGCAGCUGGAGACCUCAAACCACCUUCAACUGCUUCCUCCCGUGGGUCUGGAAAGCAUCCACAACUAAUGCCUUCAACUCCAAGGUGGGCUGUUGCUAAUGGUGCUGGUGUUAUAUUAAGCGUUUGUGAUGAGGAAGUUUCUCGCUAUGAGACUGCUACCUUAACUGCCAUUGCUGUUCCUGCACUUCUGCUGCCACCACCGACAACACCCAUGGAUGAGCAUCUAGUUGUUGGCCUACCGGCACUGGAGCCAUAUGCACGUUUAUUUCAUCGAUACUAUGCCAUUGCUAGCCCAAGUGCCACACAGAGGCUUCUGCUUGGACUUUUAGAAGCUCCGCCUUCAUGGGCUCCUGAUGCACUUGAUGCUGCCGUACAACUAGUUGAACUUCUUCGAGCAGCCGAAGAUUAUGCAUCUGGAUUGCGGCUUCCUCGGAAUUGGAUGCAUUUACAUUUCUUGCGUGCAAUUGGAAUUGCAAUGUCCAUGAGAGCAGGUAUUGCUGCAGAUGCUGCAGCUGCCUUACUUUUCCGAAUACUUUCACAGCCAGCUUUACUUUUCCCCCCGCUGAGACAAGUGGAAGGAGUUGGAGUCCAACAUGAACCCCUGGGUGGUUACAUUUCUUGGGAUAGAAAACAGAGAGAAAUACCUGAAAUUGAAGCCACAGUUGAAGCGACUGCCCAAGGGAUUGCGUCAAUGCUUUGUGCACAUGGCCCUGAGGUUGAAUGGAGAAUAUGCACGAUCUGGGAAGCUGCUUAUGGUUUGAUUCCUUUAAGUUCGUCUGCCGUUGAUCUUCCUGAAAUUAUAGUUGCAACGCCAUUGCAACCGCCUAUUCUUUCGUGGAAUUUAUAUAUUCCACUGCUUAAGGUCCUUGAGUAUCUUCCUCGGGGGAGUCCCUCUGAAACCUGUCUCAUGAAAAUAUUUGUUGCCACUGUUGAAGCAAUUCUUCACAGAACAUUCCCACCCGAGUCCUCCAGAGAAGAAACACAGACGAGAUAUGUUUUUGGCUCUGCUUCCAAGAAUCUCGCUGUGACAGAACUGCGAACAAUGGUGCACUCGCUUUUCCUAGAAUCAUGUGCUUCUGUAGAGCUGGCCUCGCGCCUUCUUUUUGUGGUGUUAACUGUUUGUGUGAGUCAUGAAGCAAAUCACAAUGGAAGCAAGAGGCAUAAAGGUGAAAAUGGAAGAAAGAAACCGAAAAAACAAGGACCCGUGGCAGCAUUUGAUUCUUAUGUUCUCGCUGCUGUUUGUGCUCUUUCUUGUGAACUUCAGCUUUUCCCUUUGAUUUCGAGAGGAUGUAACCAAUUAGAUCCUAGGAAUAUGCAGGACACGACUAAGCUGGUAAACGAAUCAUCCAUUGAGUUUAAAAAUGGGAUUCAUUCUGCAGUCAGACAUACUCACAGGUUACUAGCAAUUCUAGAGGCACUUUUUUCUUUGAAGCCUUCUUCGGUUGGAACCUCAUGGAGUUACAACUCGAAUCAGAUAGUUGCUGCUGCUAUGGUUGCAGCUCACGUUUCUGAUCUGUUUAGACGCUCAAAGGCUUGCAUGCAUGCUCUUUCCAUCUUGAUACGGUGUAAAUGGGACAAUGAAAUUCACUCUAGAGCAUCGUCACUUUAUAACCUCAUCGAUAUCCACAGCAAAGUUGUUGCAUCUAUUGUCAACAAGGCUGAACCAUUGGAAGCACACUUGACUCAUACUUCUGUGCGAAAGGAAAUUCCCACCUGUUUUCACGGGAGAGAGAGUAAUAAAUGUGCAAGCUGCAACUGCUUACAAUCGGGGCAGCCUUCAUCGCCUGCUUCCGAAGACUCAUCUAAUCCAAGAACUGUAAUAUUGUGUGAGAAGGCUUCAUACUCAACAGAGACUUCCCGGGGCAGCAUGUGUAAAGAGAUUGCAAGUUUCCCGACAGAAGCUUCAGAUUUGGCCAACUUUCUCACGGUGGACAGGCAUAUAGGAUUUAAUUUCCAUUCUCAAGUCCUUCUGAAGUCUGUACUUGCGGAGAAACAAGAAUUAUGCUUUUCUGUUGUUUCGUUGCUCUGGCACAAGUUGAUUGCAUCGCCUGAAAUACAGCCAAGUGCAGAAAGCACAUCCGCUCAACAGGGAUGGAGGCAGGUGGUUGAUGCACUAUGCAAUGUUGUGGUAGCUUCGCCUGCAAAAGCUGCAACAGCUGUUGUGCUUCAGGCGGAGAGGGAAUUGCAGCCCUGGAUUGCUAAAGAUGAUGAUCUUGGUCAGAAGAUGUGGAGAAUCAACCAGCGUAUAGUGAAACUGAUUGUAGAACUAAUGAGAAAUCACGAUACCACGGAAUCUGUUGUAAUUCUGGCUAGUGCAUCUGACCUCCUUUUACGGGCCACAGAUGGAAUGCUUGUUGAUGGAGAAGCGUGCACCUUGCCUCAACUAGAGCUCCUCGAGGUCACAGCUAGAGCAGUUCAACUGAUUAUUGAGUGGGGGGAAUCUGGAUUUGCAGUUGCAGAUGGUAUCUUAAACCUUUUGAAGUGUCGGUUGCCAGCCACAGUCCGGUGUGCAUCUCAUCCAAGUGCUCACGUUCGUGCUCUCAGCAUAUCAGUCCUCCGUGCAAUUCUGCAUGCUGGUUUGGCAAAACCGAGCACUAAACAAGUGAACAAAAACGGCACCCAUGCUCCUCACCAGUGCUUGAAUGUAGGCGUCAUCGACUGGCAAGUUGAUAUAGAGAAGUGCUUGAACUGGGAAGCUCAUAGCCGCCUCGCAAAUGGAAUGUCCGCUCAGUUUCUUGACACCGCGGCUAAGGAACUAGGCUGCACUAUAUCUGUUUGAAACUCUAGUUAUGUAUGACUGUAUCCUAGGUGCCAUUAAUUGAUGCCUUCCUGUAUUCUUAGCAUGGAACUCCAUCGGCUCGAGAAGCUGCCAGUUUGUCUUGAUGGAUGUAUGAAGGAAAGAAACAGAAGAAUAUGGCCUUUCCAGAGUUGAAACUUGAAACAAGAUCACAGCCCUCCCCUGCAUCAAUGGUUGCUGUACAUCUGAAACUGUAGGCCCAUGGCUUUAUCUUUAGUAUAAACUGAUUACACCUGAUUUGUGAAAACAUAAAUCCAAUAUAAUUAGCAGUUAGAUGUCUGAUGGUUGAAUUUGAUAGAGUUGGAAACAGUGGUUCAGUGGACAAUCUGACCUCUGACUUGCAUGUAAUAUUGUAAUAAUCCUUUCCCUUUAAUUAUGGUAUGGAAAUUGUUUGAUAGAAA